GAGGAGUCGAGGAGGGAGGAGUGAUGAGUAGUAGUCUACUAGAGCUAUCAUAGUACCGGUAUCGUGCUGAUUAUUGCUUUGGCCAUUGCGACAUUCUCAUCUUUGUCGGAUAACUACUGCUGUAAAUCAUGUAAGGGUGGGAACGAUUAAUUAAUUAAGGUUUGCCGAAGAGACUGAGAAACCCAGUAAAAACAGCUGUAAAAACCCAGUUCUCGUCACAAUUUAUUUUUUGAUGGCUUGCAAUUGAGGCCUUGAGGUGACUCAGUGGGUCAACGGUCGCUUCCUAUCCAAUCCUGAGCCGCUGAGCGCUUCAAACCAGCACAAAUCCCAGUGCUUGCUUUGUUUGCAAAGCAACAGACUCUUUGGCAGCAUAAGAAAGACGUGCGAACAACCACACCAACGAUGUUCAGCUUUCAAAGUUCCAGUUCUUCCAGGGAUGGAUCCGCCACGACACCGAAGAGGUCGGGGGCAGGCAAUCGAACGGGCAAAACGAAGAAGUCUCGCAUGUCUUCACUCUUUAAGGGCGACAAGAGCAAGAAGGCCGAGAAAUGCCUGGCUGAACCAUGUGAGCUUUCCUUCGAUGGCAAAGGAAGCUUGGAAUCAAUCCAAAGUAUCAUUUCUGCGAUCACUCUUCCCGAUGAACUCUUGGCUCCUGUUCCCGAAGCACCCCCCCAAACCAAGUUUGACAGUUUCUGCGCAGACUGCAAGCCUCGUCGACCUGCAAGAAGGAUGAGCCAUGGCUCAAAUGUUUGAGAGCAAGCGUCGAAGGUCUACGCGAAGGACGGAGCUACGCAGUCGCAGGAUUGAUUGGCUCCACACUACAUACGGGAACAUCCGGUAUAUUCUGUACUCAUACAUACAUCUUUUUUACAUAACCAGCAAGAGUUAAAAGAAGGUACUUAGGUCUUAUUAGAGGCAA